UUUCAGGUCCUUUGUCACUGGCUUUAGCACAUGUAUAAUCUAGCAUUGAAUGGCAAAGAAUUACACAUUUUCUGCUCUUUUGACACAGGUAUGGGACACCAGCUCAAAUGAAUGCUGAUCUGAAAGGUCGGGAUCUCCUUACUCUACAGAACUACACAGCUGAUGAACUGAAGUAUUUGCUGUGGAUGGCAUCAGAUUUGAAACAAAGGAUAAAGCACAAAGGAGAGUAUUUGCCUUUGAUGCAAGGCAAAUCUUUGGCCAUGAUUUUUGAGAAGAGAAGCACAAGAACAAGAUUAUCUGCAGAAACAGGAUUUGCUCUCCUUGGAGGGCAUGCUUCCUUCCUUACAACACAAGAUAUACAUCUGGGCACUAAUGAGAGUCUCAUAGAUACAACAAGGGUGCUGUCCAGCAUGACAAAUGCAAUCUUGGCUCGAGUUUAUAACCAUAAUGAUCUGGACCUAACGGCAAAAGAAGCCACGAUCCCAGUAAUCAAUGGAUUGUCUGAUUUAUACCAUCCUCUUCAGAUUUUAGCUGAUUACCUAACUCUUCAGGAGCACUAUGGAGGGCUGCAGGGGCUCACCGUGGCCUGGAUCGGGGAUGGCAACAACGUCCUGCACUCCUUCAUGGUGAGCGCUGCAAAGCUGGGAAUGCACCUGAGGAUUGCCACUCCCAGGGGCUUUGAACCAGACCUCAGGAUAACUAAAAUAACUGAACAGAACUCCAAAGAGUAUGGUACCAAGUUACUUCUCACAACAGACCCUUUGGAAGCUGCAGACAGUGCCAAUGUCUUAGUCACAGACACUUGGAUAAGCAUGGGACAAGAGGAGGAGAAGAAAGAAAGACUAAAGGCCUUUCAAGGUUAUCAGAUUACAAUGCAGACUGCAAAAUCUGCUGCUUCCAACUGGACUUUUUUACACUGUUUACCCAGAAAGCCUGAAGAAGUUGAUGAUGAAGUAUUUUAUUCUCCACAGUCAUUAGUUUUCCAGGAGGCUGAAAACAGAAAAUGGACAAUUAUGGCUGUCAUGGUUUCCCUGCUGACAGAUUACUCACCACAGCUACAAAAACCCACAUUUUGAUGCUUGGAUUCCUGCCAGGAGAAAAAUAUUCCUCAUCAGCAGAAUAUUCUGGUCUGCAAACACAUAGAUCUUCUUCAGAAAGGACCAAGGCAAUGAGUGAUUUUUUUUAAUAAAACCAUAUAUUUAGCUGUAUAAUAUUGCAUUACACUUCUGAAAAUGUUCAAGACAAUAAACACCAUUGGAGAAGCUGCUUUUCAUCUGGAUGCUCCCAGCUGGCCCUCCUUUUUGGGGAUCAGCAUCAUGGAAAACAUUCCAAGAUUUUAACUUAAUGGUUGGGACUACCAGCAGCAUAGCCAUGGUAUAGUCUAAGUGUAGGUGUGGUGGCCUUGCACUGUGUGAUAUUGAUUUUUAUAAAGAUUUUUAGCUUUUUCAUAUAUUUGUAGCUUUGCAGAUUUUUGAUAUUUAGUUGUAUAGUUUAUAGUGCUUUUCCUGCUCUCUUUCACAUUUUAGAACAAUAAGCUAACCCUUUCUAACACAUUCUUGAAAUUCUGUUUAGUCUUAUUCUCAAGAAGGGAAUUUCUAACAAGGAAAUUUUGUUUUUCACCACAAUUUGAGAGACAUAACAACAUAUAGGACAAAAAAAAACCUGGAUCAGCUCCAGAGGGGCAGAGCCAAGGGUGGGUUACUGCGGCAACUGAUCUCUGAUUGGAUGUACCUGCUAGAUGUACUAAUAAAUUAACUCUACAAAAAUUGUACAAAUCCUGUAUCACAUGUGAGCAGAGCCAUUUUUGUGCACCUGAAAGCUUUCAUUAAAGAAUUGCUUUUUAUCUU